UAAAUAUAUACCCAAAUAUAACCAAACACGAUUUCUGAAUGGUAACAAAUCAAGUGCCUCUCAAAAGGAUUUCCCCCCUCUAUCUGUCUGGGAUGUCCUUCUUGUUCUCUGUGCCGUGAAAGAGGACUAUAUAGAUCCUAUAGAUGAGUAACUAUGGCUUCAGACAGCUACAUAACUUACAUACCAAUCACACUAACUGGCCCUGUGGGGUAAAUGUCUGUACAUUUGAAACACAACAAAUGUCCUGUUCUGGCCGGAUGGUGCAGAGUCUAAAUUUAGCACCUUGAUUAGCAUGUACGCCUGACGGGACUCUGUCAGUCACACACACUAUGGGAGACAAAGGGAGGCUUUAGCGGCAACAGCUGCAGUCAUGCAGACUGGGUCACAACUGUUAGCCCCCCCAAAGCCCUCUUAAUAAUCAGCCUGUGGCAUAGAGCUAGCUAGCAUAGGGUAGCUUAGCUUAGAGAUAGAUUAGCAUAGUAGCAAAGCGGCAGCUAGCAUAGAUUGGCAUACAGUAGAGCUGGUUGCAUACAUUAUAGAAUUGGGAUCAACUUAAUUUGCUACCUAUUACAGAAUAAAUAUUACAGAAUAAAUUGCCAUGGUAGCUACAAUCUACAAUGUAUUAUUUAAUAAAUACUGAUUGAAGAGUAUGUGCUAUCCGAGUCCAAGGUCUACUUGUGCCGUCUUUCCAACUCUAUGUCUGGCCAUUGGCAAGACAACACAAACAGAUCUGGGACCAGGUUAUAAAUGUGUAUUUUUGUCAUAUAUGUCUAAUAUAAACUAAAUCAACAAACAUUAUCGCCAUAGAUGUUUACUAGUUGUUUUCGUAUCCAGUGACGUUGUCGUCAUGUUUGUUCUGUUGAUGAUCAACAUGAAAAACAAUUUCCAGAUUAGGUUUAAAGGCUUUUAUUACUUCAAACUGACGACGACUCCAAAGUUUUUUUUGUUCUAGCAAAAUCGUAUUAUUAAUUCAUUUGUCUGACAAGAUGAUGUUCAUUCUAUUGUGUUAGUUAUUGGCAGCGACGAGUGUUUAUGUUCAAGGGGAGGUUUGUUGAGUGAGGGGCUCAUUCAUUGCGUCAAAGACAUCGGCUUAGUUUCCUGAUGAAAUCAAGGCGAUCAACAACCCAACAUAAUCAUCAUCCAGAUUAGAGGAUUAGAUGCCAUAUAGGAGAUUGGUGAAUCAUAGAUUACAGUCCAUAUAGUAAAUGAAAGUAAUAAUCCUCCUUGCAUAUGUUGUUUUAAUCCAGAAAAUGUUUGAUUUGAGUCUGUAAUCUAAGAGAUGUACUGUAUGUAUGCAUAGUACAGAGACAGAAUAGACAGGGUAUUCUAACAAUGUGUGACAGCGUCAAAUUACACCAACUCCCUCCCAGGGUUUUGUUAUUUAACCAGCUAGUUUUCUAUCCACUCAAAUAUUGACCUGAUAUUUUUGAAAACCUCUAGUCAGUGAAUUGUGAUGUCCAAUCUUAGUUGUUAUUGUUCUCAGAAAGGGGGAAGGGAAGGGUGGAUACCUAGUCAGUUGUCGAACUGAAUGCCUUCAACUGAAAUCUGUCUUCCGCAUUUAACCUAAUCUCUGAAUCAGAGAGGUGCGGGGGCUGCCUUAAUCGACAUCCAUGUCUUCAGCGCCCGGGGAACCGUGGGUUAACUGCCUUGCUCAGGGGCAGAAAGACAGAUUUUUACCUUGUCAGCUUGGGGAUUCAAUCCAGCAACCUUCCGGUUACUGGCACAAUGCUCUAACCACUAGGCUACCUGCCCAGAUACUUAGUCAGAUGUUAUUGUUCUCAGAAAGGGGGAAGUAGGAUCCCUAGUCAGUUGUUAUUAUUCUCAGAAAGGGGGAAGUAGGAUCCCUAGUCAGCUGUUAUUGUUCUCAGAAAGGGGGAAGGGGAAUACCUAGUCAGUUGCACAACUGAAUGCAUUCAGCUGUGUCUUCUGCAUUUAACCCAACCCCUCUAAAUCAGAGAGGUGCGGGGUGCUGCCUUAAUCGACGUCCACGUCAUCAGCGCACGGGGAGCAGUUGUGUUGGGGGUUACUUUCCUUGCUCAAGGGUGGAACGGCACAUUUUUCCACCUGCGGUCCCAAGCUUCAAGGGGAACAGAAAACACCAGCCUGUGAAAACAUCAGCGUAUCUAAAGACAAUUUCUUUCUGUUCCUCUUUUCCUCACCUCGUUCCAUAUCGCCGAAGCCCUCUGCCUGAGCGGCCCAUGUGUCGGAUCUGUCAUGACGGAGGGGGUCAGGAGGAGCUGCUCUCCCCCUGUGAGUGUGCAGGGACCCUGGGUACCAUCCACCGGAGCUGCCUGGAGCACUGGCUCUCUGCCUCUGGCACCAGCGCCUGUGAGCUCUGCCACUACCAGUUCACUGUACAGAGGAAGAACCGGCCACUGAUGGAGUGGGUGCGUAACCCGGGCCUGCGCCAGGAAAAACGGACGCUGUUCGGCGACAUGGUGUGCUUCCUGCUCAUCACGCCUCUGGCCACAAUCUCCGGGUGGCUGUGUCUGCGGGGGGCCGUGGACCACCUGCACUUUUCCAGCCGCCUGGAGGCCGUGGGCCUCAUCGCUCUCACCGUGGCCCUCUUCACCAUCUACCUCUUCUGGACCCUGGUGUCGCUCAGGUAUCACUGUCGGCUGUACAACGAAUGGCGGCAGACCAAUCAGAGGGUGGUGCUUCUCCUCCCCAGGUCACAUGGUGAACCGUCUGCUCCGCCCUCUUCACGAGGCCCAUCUCGUGAAAAAUGGCCAUCCAAAGAGACUAUUGUCUGAGCAGCCCUUUCUUCAAAAGCCAUGAAGGAGAAACACUGAGGAAGAAUGGGGGUAGUUCCAUAGGCGCCAGAACAGUAUUUGCUUCUGGUGCCCUCCAGUGCUGAACUUUGAAGUGCCCACACAAGUGUGGAAUUGCCACCAAAUGUCAUUAAUGGGCACCUAGGAAUGGUUUAAACACACAUUUACUAAGGCGGUAGAGUUACUGUACAACAGAGACCUUCUCUUCGGUGAAGCAUUCAUUUUGGACUCAAAAUGCAGCAUUACAUCCCACCACUGCCACCAAAAUGUCAUACAGGGAUGGACAGGUACAUUUGGUGAUAUAGAAGUGGUGGAGUGCGUAGUUGGUCAUAAAGCAUUUGGACUGAAGGACAGCCAGGAAAAGUUUGCUACUGUGACCAUAUGCUGUGAUUGGUGAUUCCUGUGAAGUGCAGAAAACAUUAUCUGGUUCAUAUAACAUACCAACAUAAACCUGUGUAUAGCAUUACUAUAUUAGUCACAUUCUACCAAUCAACAAAUCAAAGCCCAGAGUGUAAAUAAGUACUUCAACUACUUCAGUAUUUUACAUAGUAUUAAACUCUUACCUUUACAUGUAUGGGUCUCUGUGCUUCAAACCAAGGUCAUGUUCAUUAUGCACCAGAGAACUUACUGAAACAGUGGGGGACUAGUCAUUUUUCAUUCUGUUUCAAAAGUAUUUCAAACGUUUCACUACGGUGUGCCCUGCUGAACACGAUCCAACUUAAGACAGGCUUUGUGGAGUGUUAAACAGGGCACAGGUUGAUGUAGGCCUAUACUAGCUGCUCAGUCUUUCUUUGCAAGUCCUCCCCUUAGAUAAGAACACCAUUAACAGUUGAAGAACAUUGAGGUUGACCUUAACAUAACAAAAGGGACAUUUUGAAUUCAUUUAUAUUUUGGCUACAAAGUAGUUGUGUGUGAAAUAUACAAUAUUGGUCUCAGUUGAGAACUGGUUGACUGUGGUAUAUGUUAGUGUUAGUCAUUCACUUCACUUCCAAAUAGCUGUGUUUGUUAGACAUCCCAUCUUUGACUCAUGGUCAUAUGUCAUUGUGUUAAUGAUUUUCUUUUGUUCAAGGAUUUUGUAGUCACUGCCUUGUAAAGUAUUUUGUGAUAGUUCUCUUCCUAGAAAUGGUUGUAUCGCCUAGCCAAGACUAUUCAGGUUGAUUAGAAGGGCCAAAAACACUUACAUUUUCUGUCUAGAGAACUUCUUGUUAUACCAGAUGCAUUAAACUAUCAAAGUAUUUUUUUUAUUAUCAUUGAGUACAUGGUGCACUUAUUUAACUCUUCAGCAUCUUCAUUUGAUUACAUUUCAGGCUUCACUUUGAGCUUGUUGGUGAAGUGGAAUAAACUUCCGUUAUGUUUGUGUGUGUCGGGGUGGCAGUUUGAUCAAAUGUAUUCUCUCUACGGUUAUUUUAUCAGCUGUUUCCAAUAAAAAUAUGAACUUAAA